AUAUCGUGUCAAACAACCUGAACGCUCUGAGUGAACAAAUACAACCUGGAUUACUGAAGGCCAAGUCUCUAAACUCCUGUACAUCACUGAUCGUCAGAUUAUUAGGCCUCUAACACUAGCAUGUAAUGAGAUAAGCCUUGCCAGCUCUGGUAUUGAGAUGCUUAUCUCUAUAUUCGCUCAAAGAUGGGGCGUGUUAUGUGGUUUGUGAACCAAAGCUUUAAAUCCCCUCCUUAAGCCAGUUAGCUUCACGCUGAGUAAUAUUCAAAGAUCCUAUAAAUGCAGCUCGGACUCUCAAAAACCUUCAUUUGAAGACCCUGAUCCAUUAGGACCUCCGUUGGCAUUCAUAAUUUACCUUAAACUCUAUCAGUAGUUGAGGCACCACCUGAGCGCAAUGAGGGGAAUUCGUCCCGUGGAGUUCCCAGAUGACUUCUGGAUUCCCAUUCCUCUGGAAACCAGCAAUAUCACAGCCUUGAGCCCAUACCUGGUUCCCCAGGAUCACCUUGGGAGCCUAGGGAUUUUCUAUUCUAUGUCAGCUUUCAUGUUCUUUUUGUUUGUGGCUGGAACGAUCAUCAAUUCGCUUACUAUUGCAUGUACUAUUCAAUAUAAGAAGCUCCGAUCCCAUCUGAACUACAUCCUGGUGAACUUGGCUGUGGCAAACCUGAUCGUCUCCUCUGUGGGCUCCUUCACCUGCUUUUACUGCUUUGCCUUCAGAUACAUGAUUCUUGGCCCACUUGGGUGCAAAAUUGAAGGAUUUACAGCAAAUGUUGGUGGUAUGGUGAGCCUCUGGUCUCUUGCUGUGAUAGCUUUUGAAAGAUGGCUGGUCGUGUGCAAGCCGCUGGGGAACUUCAACUUCAAGCCCAACCAUGCUAUAGCGUGCUGCGCCCUGACCUGGGUCUGCGCUUUAUGUUCUGCAAUUCCUCCUCUGGUUGGAUGGAGUAGGUAUAUCCCAGAGGGCAUGCAGUGCUCCUGUGGGCCAGACUGGUACACAACUGACAACAAGUUUAACAAUGAGUCCUAUGUGAUGUUCCUCUUCUGCUUCUGCUUCGCGGUCCCUUUUCUUACCAUUUGUUUCUGCUACUCACAGCUGCUUUUAAUGCUGAAAUCGGCAGCAAAGGCUCAGGCUGAGUCUGCCUCCACCCAGAAAGCAGAGAAAGAGGUGACAAGGAUGGUGAUAGUCAUGGUUCUGGGUUUUCUGGUGUGCUGGAUGCCCUAUGCCUCCUUUGCUCUGUGGGUUGUGAAUCACCGGGGAGAACCCUUCGACCUGCGACUGGCUACGAUCCCUUCCUGCUUUUCUAAAGCCUCCACAGUCUACAACCCUGUUAUCUACAUCUUCCUCAAUAAACAGUUCCGGUCUUGUCUAAGAAAGAUGCUGGGAAUGAGCAGUGAGGAUGAAGAUGAGUCGACAACAACCCAGUCAGUCACCGAAGUCUCCAAAGUCAGACCUGCUUAAGCUGUUCACACUCAGUUUGUAUGAACAUAUUGUAAAGUAAACAAACAAAUCUAAGUAAAUUAUUGUUACAGUUGAGUUGCAUUCAAUAAAAAUGUGUAAAAAAAUAAAAAUGUGUUUUUUUACUGGAACACGACAGUGCUUGACAGACAGGCUUGAAAUUGUAU